AAGCCUGAAGUGAGAGAGGGAGCGCAGAGUAAAGCUAGGGUGAGGAGAUUGGACCUGGGAGGUGCACAGCCCCUAGUUAUAAGCUGUGGGAGUGGGAGUGCACUGCACUUACCUCUCAGCCAAGCCGACUAGAAUAGCCUGCCUGCCUGUACUGCCUACCUGCCUGCAUGUACUGCUUGUCUCUCUACUCUCUCGCUUGCUCUCUCUCUCUCUCUCUCUCUCUCUCUCUCUCUCUCUCUCUCUCUCUCUCUCUCUCUCUCUCCUUCCCUCCUACUUUCCACCCCGGAGUGUGAGAGCGCUCGGAGUGUGAGAGCGCUGAGAUUCAGAAGGUGCACCUCAGAUCCACUUUUAGUCAGCCUGAAGACGGCAUAGACGUUUUCCCCUCCUCUCUCGCUCUCACUCUGUCCCUCUCUCAGAGUCUCUCUCUCUCACUCGCUCAUUUUCUGCAGAAGCACAUGGACUAAAUUUCCUCCAGAGAGACAGAGGAAGAACCAAAAGAAAAAUACAAUUUGUUCCACCUGCAGUUGGUGAAAAUAUUCAUUUUUUUUCUGUUGUUGUUGUCGUCCCCCCUCCCUUCCUCUGCACAUGUAAACUAACAAGCUUUAAAAGCUUUAAAACCAGAGGCAUUUCUACGUUUUUAUUUAUUUUUUAUUCCUUUUUUUGUUGUUGAUAUUGACUGAUCUGAUACCAUCCCAAUUUCUCCGGGAGACAUGAGUGGCUGAAGGAGGAGAGGAGCCAGAGGACCCACCUGAAAUUACCACCUCACUGACACCCACACACAUCACAUUCCUCCAUCUAACCUUCAACGCUCGGUGGAGAGAAACGCAAGUUGUUAGUGGCUGAGCCUGGAGCCUAGGAGCCUAAUGACCAUGUUGUUGGCCUCUGUCUGUGUGCUUCUGCUGCUGGGAGGCCGUGUCCUUGGGGGAGGCUACCCCCCCAUGCCCCAGAUGAAGUACAUGCAGCCCAUGAUGAAGGGCCCCGUGGGACCCCCCUUCCGAGAGGGCAAGGGACAGUACCUCGACAUGCCACCCAUGAUGGACGUAAAGGGCGAGCCAGGGCCACAAGGAAAACCUGGACCCAGAGGCCCAUCUGGUCCAUCAGGACUUCCGGGAAAACCAGGACUGGGAAAACCAGGUUUCAAUGGCCAGCCUGGCCCUCAAGGGCCUCCAGGCUUUCCCGGCAUUGGGAAGCCUGGACUUCCAGGUCUCCCAGGAAAGGGGGGCAUGAAGGGGAUGCCCGGGAAUAAUGGUGAGGUUGGGCUCAGGGGUGAACCAGGUCCCCGAGGACUUCCAGGUCAACCAGGUCUACCCGGGCCAGCUGGCCUGUCUCUGAAUGGCAAACCGGGGCUUCCCGGCGGCAGGGGCCAACCUGGGUCUCGUGGAGAACCAGGACAGAAAGGUGGACCUGGAAAUCCCGGGGAGCGUGGAAUCAAUGGGGAGAAUGGCAAUGGGAAGCCAGGGAUACCAGGACCCAGGGGCCCCAUCGGGCUUAGGGGCCUACCAGGGCCAGCUGGUAGCCCGGGUGUGGGCAAACCAGGACUGAACGGGCUUCUUGGUCCAUCUGGGCCUAAAGGGGAUCAGGGGCUCCCAGGAGGAAUAGGAGAGCCAGGUGAGGUCGGCAAUCCAGGGCUGCAAGGCCAGCCAGGACCCAUUGGAUUGGGCAAGCCUGGAAAUGAUGGAUUGCCUGGAGGACCAGGUACACUUGGGCCUAAAGGUGAGCCAGGGCUGAGGGGUUCUCCAGGGUUUCCUGGAACUCCUGGCUAUGGCAAGCCUGGUCUUUCUGGGCUGAAAGGAGACACAGGCCUUUCCGGGGGACCAGGGGUACCUGGGGAUAAGGGUGAGCAUGGGAUUGAGGGGCAGCCAGGAGACAUGGGUCCAGACGGACACCCAGGACCACCAGGAUUACAGGGCCCCAUGGGGCUCCCAGGAAAACAUGGCAUACCCGGCCUGAAGGGAGAGUUGGGUCCCCAGGGUCAUCCAGGUCUGCCAGGGUUCAGAGGGGAUCAGGGUCCCGGUGGUCUGUCUGGAAAACCUGGCAUUCCUGGAGACAAAGGCCCGCCGGGUCCUAAUGGGGCUAUCGGAAAACCAGGGCCCAAAGGUGAGGCAGGGCAUAUAGGCCUGCCAGGAAACCCAGGUCUUUUAGGCAAUCCUGGACCAAAAGGGGAGUUUGGGUUUGUUGGGUCUCCAGGACCAAGAGGCCAGUCUGGUAUCCCUGGUCUUCAGGGGCCUUCAGGGCCAAUGGGGCCACAGGGUAUACCAGGUCUGAAGGGAGAAUCUGGGCUGCCUGGUCUUCCAGGGCUGGGCAUGCUUGGAGAAAAGGGAGUUCCUGGUCCUCAAGGUCCCCAAGGAAAACCAGGCAACUCUGGGCUUAACGGCAACCCAGGCCCACCUGGGCCACCCGGGCCCCCUGGCCCUGCAGGAAAUGGCCAAACCAUCGUGGCUGGGCCAACGGAUUCAGAGUUGGGUGGAGGCGAGGUACCAAACGGGAGGAACCCAAAACCACAGUUUGGCCGUGCAGAGCUCUCUGCCUCCCUGGCACCAGCAUUUACUGCCAUCCUCACCACACCCUUCCCUCCCUCCGGGAUGCCCAUCAAGUUCGACAGGACCCUGUACAACGGGCAGAAUGCCUACAACCCUGCCACCGGUAUCUUCACCAGCCCCAUGUCUGGCGUCUACUACUUUGCCUACCACAUGCACGUAAAGGGACUCAAUCUGUGGGUGGCGCUGUACAAAAACAAUGUUCCUGCCACAUACACCUACGACGAGUACAAGAAGGGCUACAUGGACCAGGCGUCUGGUAGCGCCGUCCUUGAGCUGAAGGAGAACGACCAGGUGUGGAUGCAGAUGCCCUCGGAUCAGGCUAACGGGCUCUACUCCACCGAAUACAUCCACUCGUCCUUCUCAGGGUUCCUGCUCUGUCCCACAUAACGCCUUGCUAGUCAACUAUCUCCUAGGGUAACCCCUAGUGUCCCUAUAUAAUAACACCUGCAGCCAUAACAGAAUAACACCACCUGUAGAAUGUUAUCAUCAACAACGACAGAAAAGACUCUGUGAACGAAAGACAGGAAGAGUUAAAUAACAGGAGAAGGAUACUUCAUGCUGUGCUCUGAGUUUUUAUCUCUUUCUUUCAAAUGUCAGUUUUUUGGUUAUUUUUUUGGUUGUUGCUUAUAUUAUUAUAAUUAUUGUUAUUGUCAUAAUUGUAUUAUUUUUAUUUUGCCGUUGGCGUCAAUAUUGCUGUUGUUUAUUGGAUUCAGACUUUUAAGUGCCUUACAUUGUAAUGCGUAAGUAACAGUUAUUAGACCUACCCAUGUGACUGCAUAUCCUACUCAAAUGCUCUGAUCAGUAGGAUGACAUCGUCGGACCCUGGGGCUCCGAUUGGUUCCCCUGGCUGCAGUCACUUCCUGCACAAAAACCUCCCAUUUCCUCCCGUGUGCGUUUCCUCCAUUUUAUGUCAAGAGCUUGCUUAUUUAAAUAAAUAUUUCACAUAAAGAUGUACCAUUACACAUACAGUAUGAACAGUGUAUUCAAUGAACAAAAUGUUCACAUUUAAAAAAAUGUAAAGACCUGCUAUAGGGAUCGAUGGAUCGUUGUUUAUCAGUAAGCUCUGAUGUUUUGACGGUCAACUCCCAGUUGUCUGUUGGGUGAUAAUUUCCUGGCUCUAUAAGAGGCUUGUGCUGAACGGAUUGGUGCUGAUAAUAGAAGCUGAUGCUUUUGGAUUGUGGCUAUUACUUGAUCAAAAAUAAGUAAUUGGUGUAUCCAACUGAUUCACACAAAUCUCUCUUUGACAAAGCAUCAAUAUACAAACCAGUAACCUAAAGAAUUCUAAAUAUAUAGGACACAUUAAAUAGACAACUGAAUAAAUCUAUAAAUAAAUGUGUAUGUUAAUCAUUAUAUUAAUAAAUAAAUAUGUGUCAGCUAAUGGACAGAAAGAAUAGGCCAAAUGCAUUAGGAUCAAUGCCAUGUUUCCCUGCAUCGAUCCAUCCUGUGGCUAUUCCCAUUAAUCACGUGCACUGCAGAUCCCUUUAUUACAUUCUCUAUGCCACACAUAAAGUAUACCAUUGACAUCACUGCUUUUUGUGUCCACUAACGCCAAGGCUGUGACCGAGCAAUCAAUGCCCUGGGGCCUUUCACAUUAACAUUUAGAGUGAAUAUUCUGAGCGAAAGCUCAUGUGAAAAGCCUCAUUCCGUCUACAAACUACAAAUCUUUCAGCAUUUCACAGAUCGACAACUGGCUAGAGGCCAUCCAACCUGUUUCUACAGAAUAACCCUUUGAAGGUUCAGAUCCAACCAAAUGGGUGCAUAGGGUGCAGUUCAAAUGAUCUCCUACAUCUUACACAGCCCUCCCAGUAUAUGGUGCUAUGGUGUUGAACUCAUUUAUGUUUAUACGCGUACAGUAACAAUUUCCAAUCCACCGUAAACCUCACCAUAACAAAGGUUAAUCAUUCAUUUUCCAUCUUUAGUUACUGUACAUCGCCAACCAAGAGAGAGAGAGAGAGAGAGAGAGAGAGAGAGAGAGAGAGAGAGAGAGAGAGAGAGAGAGAGAGAGAGAGAGAGAGAGAGAGAGAGAGAGAGAGAGAGAGAGAGAGAGAGAGAUAGAGAGAGGCCCGGUGGUUGUGAAAUCCUGAUUGCAUAACAGUUCAAAUGGCUCUGCUAUUCUGGGAGAAACGGUGGGACAAAGGUGAGAAUUGUGUUUGCCAUGUGAGUUUUACUGGUGCUGUGUGGAAUGAGGCUGUGGGGUGCGACUGAUACACCCACCGUGUGAGUGUUUCCGGCUGUAUCUCUUCUCACUGUGUGUAUGUGUCUGUCUGUUCUACACACACACGCAACUCGCAUCCGUUAAAACUUCACCUGGGUGAAUUAUGAACUUCAGAGACCAUGGACCAUAGACAGUGUUUUCUGAGUCAUUUGGGAGCAUGCACUUCUAGUCAAUAUUCCACCAGUUUGAAUUGAAGAUUUGAUCCGGUUCAAAUAGGAUGUGUGUGUCUUCAUGGCGAUUAAGUAAAUGGCCCUCAUAGCUUGGGAAAUGUCACAACAGAAGAGAGGAAUUCAGUUUGGUACAAUUAGUGGGCUACAUACCCACUGGCCACAGAUGUCAGUUCAACAUCUAGUUUUGAUUUACAUUUGGUUGAGUUGUCAACUAACAUUAAUUCAAAGUGAAACAAUUCAACCAGUUUUUGCCCAGUCAUGCACAGAUGAGAAAAGUACAAUAGAGAUGGGGGAAAUGUAUGCAAAGUAAAAUGAUUAUAUUGUUGGAAAAAACAUGCUAGACUUUUAAAACAAGGGGUUAUUGACUAACACUGGGCAGGUAAAAAAAUCAUGAAGGUAUUUUUGUGCAUUAAUUCUGUGAAUUUGGUCGGCAAACUGAUAGUAGACAUGGGAGAAUCUGGGACGGAAUGAACGGGACAAUAUUGAUCUUAAAGUCCUUCAUCUUCCAGAAACCUUGCGCUCAAGGUUAUAUCAUACAGCAUAUCACACUUCCUUAUUGUAAAUUCAAUGUAGGGAUUUCACAUUGUAUGUUUCAAGAUUUAGAGAUAUUAAACACUUUUAUAAAUGGUGGGAAUACAAAGUUUAGACUUACCCUGAUGAUAUUCAUGGUGAAAGGAGCAGAAUGUUUAGUAGCACCCAUCUCUUUUCCUUUGUCUAGAUUUUGAGAUCUGCAACAGUACAACUUUUGAUCUAGUAUUAAUUUGAACUUAUCAACACAAAUUGGAGUAUUUAGAGUACUAAAUAGGUAGAAAACACUUAACAGAAAAAGGCUAUGUCAAUAACUAAAUUUGGACAAAAAUGCAGAUAGAAGCUCUCAAAUACCCAAGAGUUCACCCUUUAUUCAGACUAGAACCUGAGGCCAAUAUUAAAUCAAAAUGGGUAUGCAGCACCCCCCCCCCCAAAAAAAUAAAAAAUUAACAUCAUGCAUGUUGGAUUUUCGCUACAAUUUUCUGCAUAUUAGACUAAUCAAAACAUACUGUAUUGCUGUGCCUGAAUAAUUGUUCUAGACAUCCUGGAGAAAUGGUCAUCGGUUUUGACUGAGUAGAACCUUGAGUCUCACAAUCAGUAUUUUAAAUGUAUGUAGGUCUAAUGAAGGCACUUUCACUGGUCUGUUUGUGGCCCCUUUUCUCUCAUCAUUAUCUGAACAUACCUAAAGCAAAGUCUAUGUGUCAUUAUUGUUGUGUGAGUCUACCAGACAAUUUAAGGCUUGUUUUGGUUAUGUACUGUAUGUAGCCUUUUUAUUGCCUCAUUCUUUCAGACAUUUGGAAUGCUGUUUUGGAGUGGAGUGGCUAGACUAUAACUCUCCUUUUUAUAUUCUUUGUCAUAGACAAUGUCACUUGGUUGCAGAGUUUGCAGUGCGUGUGCAAAAACAUUUUUUUUCUCCCAAUGUACUGCCUUGAUUACAAACUGACUUGUUUUCUAUUCAAUGAUAAAAAGUAAAAAAUAAAAAAAAAAUUCUACUUUAAUAAGCCUUGCUUCGGUUUUAAGGGAUAUUUGUUUGUUAUAGUUUGGAGAUAGAUACAAACGGUCAUUCCCAUUUGCACAUGACAUUAAUGAAGAUGUAUUUAUACAUUUGUUAUAAUUUAACAGGAAUGCCAAAACCGACCACCGAAGCAUGGUAGAAAUGGUAUGUAACAGCAUUGAAUGAGUUAAGAGCAUUUAGAACAUGAAGUCAGCAUUCUAGCAUUGUUCCUGAAGGAUUUUUUUUUUGAUUUUUUUUCAUUUGUUGUGUAAUGUACAAUGUAUCAACCUAUAGGAUUAUUUGUCUUGUACAUGGAUGGCUAUUGUGUGCACUCUAUGCAAUAGAACUUGGGUAUAAAAUGCACUCUUUUAGCUAGAUUUUUUUUGGUCUGCUUAUACAAAAUGUACAGUACUUGAUUGUAUUGAUACCACAUCAAUAAAUACUUUCUUGUA